UCUGAGGUGUUAGGACGAUUUGAGCAGUGUACUUUGUUUAUUCGUUCUUUUAUUUAUGGAAAUGGGAGGAUCCAUGUUCCUUUGGGUACUGUCUCUGGUAAUGCUGGUCGGAUCAUACCUUGCUGGCUUACUUCCUGUAAUCAUGAACUUAUCAGAGGAAAAAUUGCAACUAGUGUCCGUACUGGGUGCAGGCCUUCUUAUUGGUACUGCAUUAGCAGUUAUUAUUCCAGAAGGAAUUGAAACACUAGGCAAUGGUGAACACUCUCAUCACCAUCAUGAUUAUCGUGAUUACGAUAUUUAUCACGACCACGAUUUGCACGAAAGUGACGAGGAACAGAGUACCUCGCACAGCCUCAUAGGUACUAGUUUAAUAUUAGGAUUCGUGUUCAUGCUUCUGAUAGAGCAGUGCACUUAUAGACGUGGAGGUGGAAAAGAGAAAAGUCUUACGGCUACAUUAGGAUUGGUAGUUCAUGCAGCCGUCGAUGGAAUUGCAUUAGGGGCAGCUGCGACAACUUCUCAGGCGGACGUUGAAAUGAUCGUUUUUAUAGCUAUAAUGUUACAUAAGGCUCCGGCUGCAUUCGGACUCGUGUCGUUUCUACUUCACGAGGGAGUCGAGCGCAAAAAGAUAGGAAGACAUUUGCUCGUAUUUUCUCUGUCAGCACCUUGUCUGGCAUUGCUUACGUAUUAUUGCAUCGGAAAGGAAGGAAAGGAGACGCUGCACACCAUAAACGUUACAGGCGCCGCCAUGUUGUUUAGUGCUGGAACUUUCCUGUACGUUGCAACUGUUCACGUGCUACCAGAAUUAAUGAUGAGAGAAAAAUCUUCUUAUUCUUACGUGUCAACGGGCGAAGAUGAUAAACAACAGACAUCUGGUCUUAAGUUCAACGAAAUAGCCGCAAUGGUCGUUGGUUCUUUCAUUCCUGCACUGAUUGCCUCCGGGCAUCAUCAUCAUCAUUGACUGAAAGCGCAAACAUUGUACGCGAAAAAUAAAACAUUUAUUUUAUAACGAUA